AAGAUGGCGUCGAGCGGAGGAGAAGGGGAACACGAAUGGACAGCGGCAGUACGGCCGCUUUUAUCAGCCUCGUACACCGCUUUUGAAACGAAGGAGCUACCUCAGCUUAUCGGGUCUAUCAUCAACAGUGAAUCAGACAUCCUUCACCACGACAAACAGUAUGAGCCGUUCUACUCAUCAUUCGUGGCACUCUCUGCACACUAUAUCACCACAGUAUGUGGUCAAAUACCGAGAAAUCAGCUGCUGUCGGUUGCUGCAGCAUGCAAAGUAUUGAUUGAAUUCUCUUUGCUGCGCUUGGAGAACCCAGAUGAGGCAUGUGCGGUAUCACAGAAACACCUGAUUCUUCUGAUAAAAGGACUUUGCACUGGCUGCAGCAGACUGGAUCGCACAGAAAUCAUUACUUUUACUGCUAUGAUGAAAUCUGCCAAGUUGCCUCAAACCGUAAAGACCCUUUCAGAUGUGGAAGAUCAGAAGGAGUUGCCCAGUGCUGUGAACCCAGAGCUUCGUCAAAAAGAAGUGCAAAUGAACUUCUUUAAUCAACUGACUUCAGUUUUUAACCCGGACCUUACCACCAUCUUGGCCUCCCCUUCAGCAUCACACAUGCAGGCUGAGAGUGAUUGCGAUGACCAAACCACAGAACAAGCUAUUCAGGCCAAAAUGAAAAAUGCCUUUGUCUCUCAGAAUGUGUCUAGCUUACAGGAACUCGGUGGGGUCUCUGGUCUCACCUUCCAUUUCUCCUUCUUGCUGUUUCACAUUACUUCACUUUUCCAGGAUCUCCAAGUUGAGGCUCUGCACCGGCAGGGCUGGGCGAGUGACGGACCCCCCGCCGAACUCAACAUCAUGGCACAGAGCACUUCCAUCCAGAGGGUCCAGAGGCUCAUCGACUCUGUGCCCCUCACCAAUCUACUCUUCACACUUCUCUCAACUUCCUACAAAAAGGCUUGUGUUCUCCAACGUCAGAGGAAAGGCUCAGUCAGCAGCGAUGCCAGCGCUUCUACAGAUUCAAACACCUACUACGAGGAUGAUUUCAGCAGUACAGAGGAAGAUAGCAGUCAAGAUGAUGACAGUGAACCGAUUUUGGGGCUUUGGUUUGAAGAGACAAUUUCCCCAACUAAAGACAAAGUUGCUCCCCCUCCCCCUCCACCACCCCCACCUCUGGAGACCUCUCCCAGACUGAAGAGCCCCAGUAAGCAGAAUCCAAGCGAGAAUGGCAACAUUUUAGCUGGCCGGAAAGACCCAGAACUGUUCCUCAGUUUAGCUUCCAGCAUUCUGAACUUCAUCACCACCUCAAUGCUCAAGUCCAGAAACAACUUUAUCCGCAACUACCUGAGCGUGUCUCUUACAGAGCAGCACAUGGCUACACUUGCCAGCAUCAUCAAGGACGUGGACAAAGAUGUCAAAGGCUCUUCAGAUGAAGCGUUUUCUUUAGCGCUGUAUCACUUCAACCACACCCUGGUAACAUCCGAUCUUCCAUCCCCGGCGCUGCAGAGCACCCUUCUUCAGCAGUUAGGUGUUGCACCCUUUUCAGAAGGUCCCUGGCCGCUCUACAUUCACCCUCAAUCCCUAUCGGUGCUCUCUAGACUUCUCCUCAUAUGGCAGCACAAAGCAAGUGUGCAAGGAGAGCCAGAUGUUCCGGAGUGCAUGAAAGUCUGGGAAAGAUUUUUGGGAACUUUGAAGCAGCAUACUAUCCAGAGCUCUGUGCAAGUAGAAGACGACCUGAACGUGGAGCACCUCCAGCUCCUGCUGCUCCUUUUCCACAAUCUGUCGGAGCGCGGCCGGCGGUCCGUCCUGACACUCGUCACCCAGGCCAUCACUGAGGUGGCCCAGAGCAAAGACUCCCAGCUGAAGGCGGUGCCCCUCAACCUGGCCCGGCUGUGUCUGGUUUUCGACUACCUGCUGCGCCACUACUCAAAGGCGCCCGUGUACCUUUAUGAACAGUUGCUACGUGUGUGCCUCAACCUGCCCUACUUUCUGCGCUACAUCAACCGUUUCCAGGAUGCUGUAUCAGCCAACUCUUUCUUUAUCAUGCCGGCCACAGUGGCCGAUGCCACUGCUGUCCGCAAUGGUUUCCAUUCACUGGUGAUAGACGUAACCAUGGCUUUGGACACACUGUCCCUGCCUGUACUGGAGCCCUUGACACCGGGGAGAUUACUGGAUAUGACCGUGCUGGCUUUGAGCUGUCUCUAUGCUGGUACGAGUGUUGCCACCUGCAUGGCCAUUCUGCAGGUAGGCAGCGGCUUGCAGCUGCGCUCAGCCUCCACUGGGACUAAAGAGGAAGACUAUGAAAAUGACGCAGCCACAAUUGUCCAGAAAUAUCCAAAUGUUCAGCCGAAGUUCUACUGCGUCCUGUCCCCUGAGGCGUCUGAAGAUGACAUCAGCAGACUGGACAGCAAGGUCUUUCCAAAGCUGUUCAAUGGAGCAGUUAAAUAUGAUGAACUGUAUGCGGGGCUCAUCUCCCUCCUGGUCGCAGGCUCUCAGUUUGACACAGCAAGAAGACAGGAGAGCAAGCCAAUCACUCCUAUGGAGGCAUGCUCCCUUCAGUACUACUUCCUCAUCCUGUGGAGGAUCCUGGGAGUUUUACCACCGUCCAAGGCCUACGUGGAGCAGCUGAAGACGGGCUGCAGUGAUCCCAGUGAGAGCGACAUCCUGCACACCCUGCGAUGGUCCUCACGUCUCCGGGUGCCAACAUACGUGAACUGGAUCAAGGAACACCUGGUGAAGCAGGGGAUGAAAGAAGACCAAGCAGCCACUCUGGUUGACGCGACGGCUGCUAAGUGCAGCACCGUUAAAUACGAUGUGGAGCUAGCAGAGGAGUACAUUGCCAGACAGAUUUCCACCUUCUCAAGUGUAGACCCGAACGCAAUCCUUCCGCUUGAUCAGCUUCCCUCUCUACAAGCCAUCUACACGCUGGAUGCAGUCAUCUCUAAAGUGCAGGUUUCCUUAGACGAGCAUAUGUCCAAGGUGGCCAUUGAAGCAGACGCCCACAAGUCAUCUGAGAUCACAAAGAACCUACUGCCUGCAACACUGCAGCUCACUGACGUCUACACGGCCUUCACACGGUCCUACCUGCUGAUGAACAUCCCAGAGGAAGGGGAGAACAAGCUUACUGAGGCCAAGCUCAGAGGUUAUGCUGCAGUUUUGUCUAUCGGCUCCACCCGCUGCAAGGCCAACCUGUUAGGUCAAAGUAUUAUGCAGAACUUGCCAUCGGCUGUUCAGACAAUAUGUGAGACUUGGAACGGCAUCAACACCAAUGAAUUCCCAAACAUUGGCUCAUGGCCAGUCGAUAGCGGCCCUGUGCAGCUGCAGAUGACCGGCCCCCUGUCCCGCGCUGGCGAGGGUUGCCAUGAUGACCAUGAGCUCAGGGAAGCCUGUUCCAUCACCAUUAGCGAGCAUGUCUGUUGCCAUGGGAAUGAGUGUGCUGAGGAGGACAGUGCACACUCCUUCGCCCACCUGGCUGUUGUCACGCACAAUAUGAGUGGUGAGCACCUGCAGGAGCUGUCUGUUUUCUUGCACUAUUUCCAUCUGCUCCGAGUCCUUUGGGGGGGUCGCAGUCAUGCGCGUCAGCCAGGAAUGCAGCCGAGGGGGCUCCACGCAGGCCAGCUGGGCCAGAGAGCCACACAGAGUCAACAGGCUGGGACUCUCGUUGGCGGUCGCCAUCAUAAUCUGGACCAGCUCUCCACUGGCAAAGACAAGGAGCACAAGAUUCGGGCGAGGAAGGCGUCGGACUCGGCCGGGCCGAGAAUGCGCUCCAGGGAGGUGCUGCUGAUCUCAGCCACGCUCUCCGUGCUGCUCUCCAGCAGGAGGGGCAGCAGGGUGCGCACCACCUGGGAGGGAUUCAACUCCUCUGUGCUGAGGACACAAACAUGCAGCACCACUCCGUAUUGUAAAUGCCGGGACGGGGCGGCCUGUGUGGGGGGCAAGCUGGGCCCAUCCGAGACUACGGGAGCCAAGAGGGACCGCUGGCGGCGAUGUCUGAAGAGAAAACCGAUUUUCAUUAAACAAGUCGCACAGGAAGGCCCAAUGGAGGUGGACUCGGACUGGGUGGAGGAACUUGCAGUAGAAGAGGAUGAUUCCCAGGCAGAGGACUCUGAUGAAGACUCCCUUUGCAACAAACUCUGCACCUUCACCAUAACUCAGAAGGAGUUCAUGAACCAGCACUGGUACCACUGUCACACCUGUAAGAUGGUGGAUGGGGUAGGUGUGUGCACAGUGUGCGCCAAGGUCUGUCACAAAGACCAUGAGAUCUCCUAUGCCAAAUAUGGCUCUUUCUUCUGUGACUGCGGUGCCAAAGAGGAUGGCAGCUGCCAGGCGCUGGUCAAGCGCAGCCCCAGCAGCGGCAUGAGCUCCACCCUCAAAGAGUCUUCUGCGUUCCAGAGUGACCUACGGAUGCCUGACAGUGCGAUCCGCCAACAGAACGCCUCACCCUCCGACAAAGGCAAGGUCACAAUCUGUGACGGCAAACCUGGUGAUGAAGACAGACCUAAGAAGAGCAGCGUGUGCAAGAGCAUCGAGGGCUGCCAGGAAGAGCUAGUGACACAAGUGAUGGGAUCAUCCACUGCAGCAGUCAUACUAGAGAUGCUCAUGUUUCUCAUGGAAGCCAUCCAGACCAACUUCCAGCAGGCGUCAGCAGUGGGAAGCAGCAGCCGGGCUCAGCAGGCACUCAACGAACUGCACACUCAGGACAAAGCUGUGGAGAUGACUGACCAGUUAAUGGUGCCCACCCUCGGCUCUCAGGAAGGGGCUUUUGAGAAUGUGAGGAUGAACUACAGUGGUGACCAGGGACAAACAAUACGCCAACUCAUCAGUGCACACGUCCUGCGUCGUGUUGCUAUGUGUGUCCUGUCUUCACCCCACGGACGCCGCCAGCACCUGGCAGUCAGCCAUGAGAAGGGAAAGAUAACGGUCCUGCAGCUGUCCACCCUCCUGAAACAGGCCGACUCCAGCAAGAGGAAGCUGACUCUGACCCGUCUGGCCUCUGCUCCAGUCCCAUUCACCGUCCUCAGUCUCACAGGAAACCCUUGUAAUGAGGAUUACCUCGCUGUGUGCGGCCUCAAGGACUGCCAUGUACUCACAUUCAGCAGCACAGGCUCUGUGUCCGACCAUCUGGUGUUGCACCCACAACUGGCGACUGGCAACUUCAUCAUCAAAGCUAUUUGGUUACCAGGCUCUCAGACAGAACUUGCCAUCAUCACCGCAGACUUUGUCAAGAUUUAUGACUUAUCAGCGGAUGCCCUGAGUCCCAUGUACUACUUCCUGCUCCCGAGCUCCAAGAUCCGCGAUGCUACCUUCCUGUUCAAUGAAGAGGGGAAGAACAUCAUCGUCAUCAUGUCUUCAGCGGGUUACAUGUACACCCAGCUCAUGGACGAAUCCAGCAGCGCCCAACAUGGCCCUUUCUACGUCACCAAUGUGUUGGAGAUAAACCACGAAGACCUGAAGGAUAGCAACGGGCAGGUAGCCGGCGGUGGCGUGUCGACUUAUUACUCGCACGUGCUUCAGAUGCUUUUCUUCAGCUACAGCCAGGGAAAGUCCUUUGCUGCCACAGUGAGCCGCAGCACCUCCGAAGUGCAGAGGCUCUUCCCCAUCAACGUCAAAGGCUCUAAUGGCGGCAGCAGUAAGAUCUCUCCUGCUCUGUGCCAGUGGUCUGAAGUCAUGAACCACCCGGGACUGGUGUGCUGCGUGCAGCAGACUACAGGCAUACCGCUUGUCAUCAUGAUCAAGCCAGACACCUUCCUCAUCCAAGAGAUUAAAACUCUGCCAGCCAAAGCUAAGAUUCAAGAUAUGGUCGCUAUCCGCCACACUGCCAGUAAUGAGCAGCAGCGUACGACCAUGAUUCUUCUCUGUGAGGACGGAAGCCUGCGAAUCUACAUGGCCAAUGUGGACAACACCUCCUACUGGCUCCAGCCCUCGCUGCAGCCCAGCUGUGGCAUCAGUAUCAUGAAGCCGGUCCGCAAGCGCAAAGCUGCUGCUACUACUACCCGGACCUCCAGUCAGAUGACCUUCCCUGUGGACUUCUUUGAACACAACCAGCAGCUGACAGAGGUGGAGUUUGGUGGCAAUGACUUGCUGCAGGUCUACAAUGGACAGCAGAUCAAACACAGGCUCAACUCCACUGGCAUGUAUGUGGCCAACACAAAGCCUGGGGGAUUCACUGUGGAAGCGGUCAACAACAACAGUUCGAUGGUGAUGACGGGCAUGCGGGUGCAGGUGGGCACUCAGGCCAUUGAGAGGGCUCCAUCCUAUGUGGAGGUCUUUGGCCGCACCAUGCAGAUAAACCUGACCAGAGCCCGCUGGUUUGAUGUCCCCUUCACCAGAGAGGAGGCCCUGCAGGCAGACAAGAAGCUGUCCAUAUUCAUUGGAGCAUCGGUUGACCCAGCCGGAGUCACAAUGCUCGAUUCAAUCAAGAUCUACGGAAAAACCAAAGAGCAGUUCGGCUGGCCGGAGGAUGCACCAGAGGACUUCUCCUCCGCCUCGGCUAACAACGUCUGCAGUCCCAACCUGAACCAGGGCAACGGCACCACUGAUGGGGACAUCGCCACGCCGACCACCACCAGCGGCACUGUGCUGGAGAGGUUGGUGGUCAACUCCCUCGAGGCUUUGGAAAGCUGCUUUGCUGUAGGCUCCUCCAGUGAAAAGGAGAAGAAUAAGGUAGCAGCUCUCGAGUUGGCCACUCUACUCCUGUCCAUGCCGACCCCUGCUGGUGUGCAGCAGCAAACUAAGGGACUUCUUGCCAGCCUGCACACCAGCAGAACUGCCUACCACAACCACAAGGAUCAAUCCUUGCUGAGUAACGCAGUGCAGUGUCUGAAUGGCUGCAGCCGUGAGGGCAGGGAGCUCGACCCUGACGUCUUCCAGAGGCUGGUGAUCACCGCCCGCUCCAUUGCAAUCAUGAGACCCAACAACCUGGUGCAUUUCACAGAAACAAAGCUCUUACACCAUGAAGCUGAAAUGACAGAAGAUGGGCAAAAACCAAUGGAUGGGGAGAACAGUAAUUUCAUCACACAGCUGAUAAAUAACUUCUGGAAGCUCCAUUCCCAAAAGCCAAAGAACGCCUUUCUUGCUCCUGCCUGCCUGCCUGGCCUGACUCACGUGGAAGCAACAGUAAAUGCCUUGGUGGACAUCAUCCAUGCAUACUGCACAUGUGAACUGGAUUACAUAAACGUUGCAUCAAAAAUCUACAUGCAAAUGCUUCUGUGCCCAGACACAUCUGUGAGCUUUGCAUGUAAGCAGGCUCUGAUCAGAGUGCUUCGACCGAGAAACAAGCGGCGACAUGUAACCCUUCCAUCGCCCCCACGCUCCAACACACCUAUGGGAGACAAGGAUGAUGAUGACGACGACGAUGCGGAUGACAAAAUGCAGUCAUCCGUGCUGACUGGAGGAGAUGAGGGCAGACGGGAGAGUCAGGAGCAGAAUGAAGUGGAUCAUGGCGACUUUGAGAUGGUAUCGGAGUCCAUGGUCCUGGAAACAGCAGAUAAUCUCAACAAUGGAAAUCCAUCUCCUCUGGAAGCUCUGCUGGCUGGAGCCGAGGGUUUCCCGCCCAUGCUGGACAUUCCUCCUGAUGCAGACGAUGAAACUAUGGUAGAGCUGGCCAUCGCUCUCAGCCUUCAGCAGGAACAACAAGGCAGUAGCAGUAGUGCCCUUGGCCUUCAGAGCCUUGGCUUGUCUGGCCAGGCCCCAAGCUCCUCUUCACUGGAUGCUGGCACCCUUUCAGACACCACCGCAUCAGCCCCGGCAUCUGAUGAUGAGGGGAGCACUGCGGCCACUGAUGGCUCCACACUGAGGACGUCUCCGGCAGAGCAUGGCGGCAGCGUGGGCUCAGAGAGCGGAGGCUCUGCAAUUGACUCGGUGGCGGGGGAGCACAGCGUGUCAGGACGCAGUAGUGCAUACGGGGACACAACAGUAGAGGGCCACCCUGCCGGUCCAGGCAGUGUGAGCUCCAGCACCGGAGCCAUCAGCACCACCACAGCCCAGCAGGAGGGCGAAGGCUCAGAGGGAGAAGGAGAGACGGAAGGAGACAUCCACACAAGCAACAGGCUCCACAUGGUUCGUCUUAUGCUACUGGAGCGCUUGCUUCAGCAUCUUUCUCAGCUCCACAACGUAGGCGGAGUCCAAGCCAUCCCUUACAUGCAGGUCAUCCUCAUGUUGACCUCUGACCUGGAUGGUGAGGAUGAAAAGGAUAAGGGCGCCUUGGAUGAGCUGCUAGCACAGCUCAUUGCUGAGCUCUCCAUGCACAAGAAGGACGUUUCCAAGAAGAAUGAGCGCAGUUCCAUCAAUGAAGUUCACCUGGUCAUCAUGAGGCUGCUCAGCGUCUUCAUGUCUCGCACCAAGUCUGUCUCCAAAUCCUCUUCUGAGUCAUCCUCGCUUAUUUCGAACGCCACAGCGACGGCCUUGCUCAGCCUUGGGUCCAUUGACUACUGUCUCCAUGUGCUCAAAUCACUCCUGGACUACUGGAAGAGCCAACAGGGCGAAGAAGAGCCUGCGACAACCAGCCAGCUCCUCCGCCCACACACAGCCUCCUCUCCCCCCGACAUGAGCCCUUUCUUCCUGCGCCAAUACGUCAAGGGACAUGCGGCUGAUGUGUUUGAAGCUUACUCCCAGCUAUUGACUGAAAUGGUGCUCCGGCUGCCAUAUCAGAUCAAGAAGAUAGCUGACACCAACCCACGCAUCCCACCUCCUGUCUUUGACAAUUCCUGGUUUUACUAUCUGUCGGAAUAUCUGAUGAUUCAACAGACACCAUUCGUCAGGAGGCAAGUCAGAAAGCUGCUGUUGUUUAUCUGCGGCUCAAAGGAAAAAUACCGCCAGCUGAGGGAUCUGCACACUCUUGACUCCCAUGUGCGCAGCAUCAAGAAGCUCCUGGAGGAGCAGGGCAUCUUCCUCCGUGCUGGUGUGGUCACAGCCACUUCUGGCUCAGCUCUGCAGUACGACACACUCAUCAAUCUGAUGGAACAUCUGAAAGCUUGUGCUGAAAUUGCCACUCAGAGGACGAUCAACUGGCAGAAGUUCUGCAUGAAGGACGACUCUGUGUUGUACUUCCUGCUUCAAGUCAGCUUCCUAGUGGAUGAGGGCGUGUCCCCUGUUCUUUUGCAACUGCUCUCCUGUGCCCUGUGUGGCAGUAAGGUGCUGGCCAGUUCCUCCUCCUCCUCAUCUUCAUCAUUCUCAGGAGGAGGCUCCAGUAGUGCUGGACAGGCAGGAACUUCUCAGUCCUCUCAAAGCAAGUCCUCCAGUAAAAAGAGCAAAAAAGAGGACAAGGAGAAAGACAAAGAGGGUGAGGGGGUUGGCAGCCAGGAGGAUCAGCUGUGCAUGGCUCUGGUCAGUCAGCUCAACAAGUUUGCAGACAAGGAGACACUGAUCCAGUUCUUGCGCUGCUUCCUGCUGGAGUCAAACUCCUCUGCUGUGCGCUGGCAAGCUCACUGCCUGGCUCUUCAUAUCUACAGGAACUCCAGCAAAUCUCAGCAGGACCUGCUGCUCGAACUGACCUGGGCCAUCUGGCCUGAGCUGCCUGCAUAUGGCCGCAAAGCUGCUCAGUUUGUUGACCUGCUUGGAUACUUCUCUCUGAAAACCCCACAGACGGAGAAGAAGCUGAAAGAGUAUUCCCAAAAAGCUGUGGAAAUCCUGAGGGCACAGAACCAUAUCCUGACGAAUCACCCUAACUCCAACAUCUACACCACUCUGUCCGGUUUAGUGGAGUUUGAUGGAUUCUUUCUGGAGAGCGACCCCUGCUUGGUGUGCAACAAUCCAGAAGUUCCAUUCUCAAAUAUAAAGCUGUCAUCGAUCAAAGUGGACACCCGCUACACCACCACACAGCAGGUUGUCAAGCUCAUUGGCAGCCACACCAUCAGCAAAGUCACCGUGAAGAUUGGUGACCUGAAACGCACCAAGAUGGUCCGCACCAUCAACCUCUACUACAACAACAGAACGGUCCAGGCUAUCGUGGAGCUGAAAAACAAACCUGCUCGUUGGCACAAAGCCAAGAAAGUCCAGCUGACCCCAGGACAAACCGAGGUGAAGAUCGACCUUCCUUUACCCAUCGUCGCAUCCAACCUGAUGAUCGAGUUCUCUGAUUUUUACGAGAACUACCAGGCCUCCACCGAGACCCUGCAGUGUCCACGCUGCAGCGCCUCUGUGCCGGCCAACCCUGGGGUCUGUGGCAACUGCGGUGAGAACGUGUAUCAGUGCCACAAGUGCAGGUCUAUCAACUACGAUGAAAAAGACCCCUUCCUGUGCAAUGCCUGUGGCUUUUGCAAAUAUGCCAGAUUUGACUUCAUGCUAUAUGCUAGACCAUGCUGUGCUGUGGAUCCCAUUGAGAAUGAGGAAGACAGGAAAAAGGCUGUGACCAACAUCAACACCCUGCUGGACAAAGCUGACCGGGUCUACCACCAGCUGAUGGGCCACCGGCCCCAGUUGGAGAGCCUCCUUUCUAAAGUCAACGAGGCGGCACCAGAAAAACCACAGGACGACAGUGGAGCCGGUGCAGGACUUGGUACGUCCUCUGCUAAUGUGAACAGAUACAUUCAGCAGCUGGCUCAAGAGUACAGCGGAGACUGCAAGACAUCAUUUGAUGAACUCUCCAAGAUUAUACAGAAAGUGCUUGCCUCUCGUAAAGAGCUCCUGGAGUAUGAUCUGCAGCAGAGAGAAGCUGCCACCAAGUCGUCCCGCAGCAGCAGCAGCCACCAGCCCACCAUCACCGCCAGUCAGUACCGGGCCAACUCCGUGCUGGGCUGCGGCCACACCUCUUCAAACAAGUGCUAUGGCUGUGCCUCAGCUGUCACGGGUCACUGUAUCACACUGCUUCGUGCUCUGGCCACCAACCCGGCCCUCCGGCAGAUCCUGGUCCUCCAGGGUCUCAUCCGUGAACUGUUUGAGUAUAACCUGCGGCGAGGUACAGCUGCCAUGAGGGAGGAGGUGCGGCAGUUGGUCUGUCUCCUCACCAGAGAUCAUCCAGAGGCCACCCAACAGAUGAAUGACCUCAUUAUCGCCAAGGUGUCCGCUGCUCUCAAAGGCCACUGGGCCAAUCCUGACCUGGUUAGUAAUCUGCAGUAUGAAAUGCUGCUGCUCACAGACUCUAUUUCUAAAGAGGGAGGAUGCUGGGAGCUACGGUUACGUUGUGCCCUCAGUCUGUUCUUGAUGUCGGUGAAUAUAAAGACGCCUGUAGUGGUGGAGAACAUCACUCUCAUGUGCCUGAGAAUCCUGCAGAAGCUGAUCAAGCCCCCGGCUGCCACUAGCAAGAAGAACAAGGAUGCUGCUAUUGAGUCUCUAACCACGGUCAGGCCCUACAGUAAUGAAAUCCACGCCCAGGCCCAGCUCUGGCUCAAGAAGGACCCCAAAGCAUCUUAUGAAGCCUGGAAGAAGUGUCUCCCAGCAAGAUGCCAGGAAAAUGUGUCGAAGCCUCAGGGGAAGACUGAGCUGCGCAGGCAGUACCUGUUGGAGAAGUAUGUUUGGAAGUGGAAGCAGUUCAUGAGGUCCAAAAAAGGUGAAGGCCUCUUCCCUCGCCUGCUCAAACUGAGCCACAACAACUGGCUGCGACAGGUCCUUUUCACACCUGCCACUCAGGCAGCCAGACAGGCAGCCUGCACCAUUGUGGAGGCCUUAACCACGAUCCCCAGCCGCAAGCAGCAGGUGCUGGACCUUCUCACCAGUUACCUGGAUGAGCUGAGUGUAGCUGGAGAGUGUGCAGUGGAGUACCUGGGUCUGUACCAGAAGCUGAUCAAGCCGACACACUGGAAGGUUUACCUGGCAGCCCGCGGGGUCCUGCCCUACAUCGGUAACCUGAUCACCAAGGAAAUCGCCAACCUGCUGGCUCUGGAGGAGGCCACACUGAGCACAGACCUGCAGCAAGGCUACGCCCUCAAGAGCUUGACUGGGUUGCUCUCUUCUUUCGUGGAAGUGGAGUCCAUCAAGCGGCAUUUCAAAAGCCGGCUGGUCGGCACGGUGUUGAACGGCUACCUGUGUCUGAGGAAACUGGUGGUGCAGCGCACGAAGCUCAUCGACGAGACUCAGGACAUGCUUCUGGAGAUGCUGGAGGACAUGACAACAGGUACUGAGUCUGAAACAAAGGCAUUCAUGGCAGUGUGCAUAGAGACUGCAAAGCGGUACAACCUGGAUGACUACAGGACGCCUGUCUUCAUUUUUGAGCGACUGUGCAGCAUCAUCUAUCCUGAGGAGAAUGAGGUGACCGAGUUCUUUGUGACCCUGGAAAAAGAUCCUCAGCAGGAGGACUUCCUGCAGGGCCGCAUGCCAGGAAACCCCUACAGCAGCAACGAGCCUGGCAUCGGCCCCCUGAUGAGGGACAUCAAGAACAAAAUCUGCCAGGACUGCGACCUGGUGGCGCUUCUUGAAGACGACAGUGGCAUGGAGCUUCUGGUAAACAACAAAAUCAUUAGCUUGGAUCUGUCAGUUGCAGAAGUCUACAAGAAGGUCUGGUGCCCUACAAAUGAGGGUGAGCCAAUGAGGAUCAUCUAUCGAAUGAGAGGUCUGCUGGGAGAUGCCACUGAGGAGUUCAUAGAGUCACUGGACUCGACCACAGAUGUGUUUCCUCCACAGGUUUUGCUGAAGUUGUUCAGUUACUGUGGGAAGGUGAAGAUCAACAGGCAGCAGCUGGUCAAACCAGAGAUGAACACACUCAACGUCAUGCUGGGAACUCUGAACCUGGCUUUAGUGGCAGAACAGGAGAGUAAGGACAGUGGUGGAGCCUCCAUAGCAGAGCAAGUUCUGAGCAUCAUGGAAAUCAUUCUGGACGAAGCCAAUGCUGAGAUUUCAGAGGACAAGGGUAACCUCCUGCUGACAGGAGACACGGAUCAGCUGGUCAUGUUGUUGGAUCAGAUCAACACCCUGUUCGUGCGCUCAAACCCCAGCGUGCUGCAGGGUCUGCUGCGCAUCAUCCCAUACCUGUCCUUCGGGGAGCUGGAGAAGAUGAGGAUCCUGGUGGAGCGCUUCAAACCGUGUUGCAGCUUUGACAAGUACGACGAGGAGCAUAGUGCAGAUGACAAGGUGUUUUUGGACUGCUUCUGCAAAAUCGCUGCUGGGAUCAAGAAUAACAGCAACGGCCAUCAGCUGAAAGAUCUUAUCCUCCAGAAGGGAAUCACACAGAGUGCACUGGACUACAUGAAGAAACAUAUCCCCAAUGCCAAAAAUCUGGAUGCAGAUGUCUGGAAGAAGUUCCUCUCCAGACCAGCUCUACCCUUCAUUCUCAGAUUGCUCCGGGGUUUGGCUACCCAGCACCCCCCCACACAGGCGCUGAUAGGCACAGAUUCAAUAACCAACUUGCACAAGCUGGAGCAGGUUUCCAGUGACGAAGGCAUUGGCACGCUGGCAGAGAACCUUCUGGAGGCCCUGAGGGAGCACAGCGAUGUCAACCUGAAGAUUGAUGCAGCCCGCAGGGAGACCCGAUCUGAAAAGAAGCGCAUGGCUAUGGCCAUGAGACAGAAGGCCCUGGGAACCCUGGGAAUGACGACCAAUGAGAAGGGUCAGGUGGUGACUAAGACCUCGCUGCUGAAGCAGAUGGAGGAGCUGAUCGAGGAGCCGGGCCUGACCUGCUGCAUCUGCAGAGAGGGUUACAAGUUCCAGCCAACCAAAGUCCUGGGCAUUUACACUUUCACAAAGCGUGUGGCCUUGGAGGACUUUGAAAACAAGCCUCGGAAGCAGCAGGGCUACAGCACUGUGUCGCACUUUAACAUAGUCCACUAUGACUGCCAUCUGGCAGCUGUCAGGCUGGCUCGUGGGCGAGAGGAGUGGGAGAGUGCUGCCCUCCAGAACGCCAACACCAAGUGCAAUGGGCUGCUUCCUGUGUGGGGGCCACAUGUGCCAGAGUCAGCCUUCGCUACAUGCUUAGCCAGACACAACACAUAUCUGCAGGAGUGCACGGGCCAGCGGGAGCCAACCUACCAACUGAACAUCCACGACACCAAAUUGCUGUUCCACCGCUUUGCUACCGAACAGUCGUUCAGCGUGGACACGGGAGGAGGAGGACGAGAGAGCAACAUCCACCUCAUCCCCUACAUCAUCCACACGGUGCUCUACGUCCUCAACACUACAAGGGCUACAUCCCGGGAGGACAAGAACCUGCAGAGUUUCCAGGAGCAGCCGUGCGAGAAGUGGGUGGAGAGCUCCUACGAUGUUGAGGGCCCGCACUAUUUCACCAUCCUGGCCAUGCACAUCAUGCCGCCUGAACGCUGGAGGAAUUCACGUUUAUACUUCCUACGGAGGCUCCUGGUCAACGCACAUGUCCGCAAGGUCUCGGCAGUCUGCACCAACAAACUCACAGAUAAAUCACCAAAGGAAUAUGCAGUAUAUCGCUCGCCUCUUCUCUUCUGGGCCCUGGUGGAUCUUGUCUACGACAUGUUCAGGAAAGUUCCCACCAGUAACACAGAGGGGGGCUGGUCCUUCUCGCUGGCAGAGUAUGUCCGUCACAACGACAUGCCCAUCUACGAGGCCUCGGAGCGCGUGCUGAGGGCCUUCCAGGACGAACUCAUGCCCGCUGAGUCCUUGUCAGAGUUCUGUGAUGUUGUAGGUCUUCUCUCUGAAAUCCCAGACCCGGACCUCUUCCUGCAGGAUUUGUUGAACUCUUUGCCCUGAAGGCCAACCUCAACCCACACCCCUCCAAAACAACCCUGCAAAUAAAGUUGGAACACCUACCAACAAAAAAAAAAAGAGUUUCUCUUUUGCUGAGGACACACACAGAGUACACACUUUUCCCUCCUACUCACCUUUCCCUCCCCCAUAAGACAUCUUCAAAUUCACUUUAAGCAGAAACUAUGCGUAGUCUAAGAAUCAUCCACUUUGAAACAUCUCUGUAACGUUCAACACAAAAACACAAUGCUAUUAAAGGGUAACACUUAAACAGAAUUUACCCGUUCCCCCUCUGAUUCAGAAUGCUAAGCUAACAAUUAUGAAAAGGUUGAAACAAGAGAUCGGGGACGCUUUUCCAUUAACGUUAUUGCAAAUCACUUGUGAAUUCUGUUUUAGGGUGGACAUUAUUUUGGCUUUCAAACCCCUCCCCCUCCUCCCCUAAUGUUUGGGUGAAUGGUUAAGGUAACUAAAAAGAGUUUGGGAUUCGACCCACCACGUGUUAAGAGUUGCAUUUGAUUUUAUCAUGUUUUACUUUUUCUUUGUUCGGUUUAAGUUUGUUUUUGGUCAGGCUUUUUAAAAUGACAGACGGUUUCAGUGUCUCAUGGUUGCUAAGCUAACCUGUCCUUUUCUUCGGGGCUCUUGUUGUUUGUUCUUCAUGUAGGUUCAAACUGGAAUAUGAGUGAUGGACAGAAAAGGUUGUUUGAUUUAGUGUGUGUGUGUGUGUGUGUGUGUAAGGUUUCUUUUAUCAACCUCAGAAGUCAAAUGAAAAGAACGACGAAAGUGUUUUUUUUCCAUAAAGCUAUGCCUUUGUGACAAAGUGAAUUUUGGACUUGUGAAAGAUUCCAUCUGUUGCAACGGUCGAUGACACCUGUCUAAAUGAAUAAUAAAACAGACCUACAUUAUAUCCUUAAA